CCUAAAAGUAUUAAUCUAGUCUUAUGGUAAUAAUUACAUUGAGUGGACACCUAUUGUGUUUUUAAAAGUUCAUUUAAAGUACAAGCGGAAGCCUUGUACUAUAACAAGCGAACUGGAACGUAUUCGGAAACUCUACAAUGUAAAUCAAAAUUUCGGUCGAUUAAAGCUCAGAAAUGGUUGAAAACCAGGCAUUUCUGUUGUCGGAUUUUGAGAGUGAUACCGUAAGUCUAGAGUCGGCGGCUGGAAGCAAGAGAUUACCGCCACGGGCUUGUUCAAAUAGAGUACGAAAAAAGUGCAACACAAUUCAGCAAGCCAUCGCAGAGACCGUAGAGAAAAACUUUUGCCGGCGGAUGACACUCGGCCAGGCAUGUCGUGACGGAAGGAAAGACUGCGUGCGAAAACUCCUUCGCGGGAACCUUACUAACCUAAACACACUAGACGCUGACGGCUUUUCUCCUCUGCACUAUGCGACCACUACUAACCAUGUGGACAUUGUACAAAUGCUAUUGGAUGCCGGGGCUGACGUUGAUGUUCGCGGUUCACCGAGCAUCCAGCGGAUUCCUCCCAUAAUAUGCGCAGCAAAGUUUAACGCAAUCGAGUCCUGUCGCGUGCUGCUCCGCGCAGGCGCAGACGUUAACAUCACCAACUGCUAUGGGCAGACAGCGUUACAUCACGCAACACGGCGCGGCCACAGCAAGAUGGUAGAGCUGUUGCUGCGUGACGGUCAAAUGGAUGUGAACGUGGUUGACAGGGAUAACACUACUUCUCUGCACGUGGCUGCCAUGAUCGGAUCUAACCCUAUUAUUAAGACUCUGGUAAUAACACCUAUGAAUGUUCUCUGAGGAUUGCCACGCAAUCAUCUAGGCGCAAUGUGAUUAAAUGUGAUUAA